AUGGAUUCCAAUAAAACAAUACAUUUUAUACUUCCAAAUGGUGAAAAGAGAAGUAUUAAUAAAAAUGAUGAUGUCUAUUAUAGAAAUAUAGCUAAAGGUAGAAAAUACAAUAAAUAUAAUAGAACUCAAUUUAUAAAUUCCUGAAGAAUUUGUUGCACUGUAUGAUAUGUAGUAAAAAAAAGUCAUUAGCAAAUAUAUUGAUAAGUAAUUUUUUUAUUUUAAAUAAGAUUAUAGACAGAAUCAAUAUAUAAACUAUUUUAAAUUUAAUUAGCAGUGAGUUUAAUUGAAAGUAAGGAAUAGGAAAUAAUAAAAUAAAAGGAAGAAAUUGAUAAACUUAAAAAAUAAUCUUUAUAAAGUUAAAAUAUUAAAAUUAAUAAAACUCAAGUAGAUUAAAUACAGGAAUAAAGAAAAGACUUAAUAUCUUUAUAAUAUAAUUAAAAUUGGAUUAAUGAUGAAUAAGAUAAGUAUUAAAAAGACAUGAUAAAAGAAUUAUAUCAAAAAGAUAUUAAAUGUGAUUUAUGUGCUUAAUAAUCUUAAAAAUAUGUAAAUCAUAUUGAAAGUUUAAUAAAUUAAUUGUCAUAAACAAGAUAAAGUGUUUAUUAAGUUUAAGAAAAUUUCUAAUCUUUCUAAUCAUAUAAAUAAGAUAAAUAAAUGGAAUUAUAUUAGUUGAGAAAUUAUAAAGUUUAAUUAGAAUCUGAUAAAAGAAAUAUUUAAUCAUAAAAGUAAUAGUUGGAUACAAAAGUUAGAAAAUUAGAAAAACUAAAAGAAUAAUUAGAAGACGAUGUUAAAUCUAAAAUAUCUGAAAAUGAUUAAAUGGAAAAACAAAAAAAAUAGUUAGAUUUAUAAAUAAAUAAAUUAAAUAAUUAACUUAUUAAAGAAAACGAAAGAUUUUCAGAAUUAUAAACAUAGUAUCGAUAAGAAAUACAAAAAAAAGAGAGAGAAAUAAAUAAAAAAAAUUAACAUAUUAAGUAUUAAUAAGAUAAUUUAGAUAAUAUAACUGAAAAGUAUAAAAAAAUAUAAAAAGAGUUUAAAGAUUUAUAAGAUAAAUAUAAUUAAGAGAUAAAAAAUAAGAAUGGAUAAAUAAUACCAGAAGAAAUUUAAAGUUUGGAAAGAAAAUUAAAUGAAGAAAAAGAAUUAAAUUAAAAUUAAUAGAAGAAAAAUUAAGAUCUACAGAAUAUAAUAAAUAAAUUAUAAAACAGUCUUGAUGAAUCAACAGCAGAAAUUAUCGAAUUGAAAGGAACAAUCGAAAAUACGGAAUAAAAAUUUAAAUUAUGUUAAGAAAAAUCAAUAAAAGAUUUAGAUUUUAAAUAAAAAACAAGUGAGUAAGAAAUUGAAAAAUUAAAAAUAAUGAAAAUUAAAUAAAUUGAUAAAAUAAAUUGGUUAAAUCAAAAAAUUGAGGAAGAUAGUCUUAGAUGGAGUGAAAAAGAAAGAAAUUAUUAAAUUGAAAUUUAAAAUUUGAAAUAACUAUAAGAUGAUAUAAUUAUAAAAAAAAAAUAAUUUGAUGAAGAUCUAAGUCAAUAAAGAUAAGAAUUUAUAAAUCAAGUAUAAAAAUCCUUAGCUUCAAUUUUAAUUGAAAACACUUGA